GACCAUCUACAAACGACAAAAUUGCACUUAUACUUUGUGAAUCAGAGCCAAAAGGAAACUCAACACUUUUAACAUUGUUUAUACAAAACCCCAGAUUAGAAGGUAAAAGUUGUUAUGAAAGUGACGUCUGAAAAGUUUUGACCAAUAAACCGAGACAGACUUAUUAGCACUGAUCGAUUAGUCAAUUUUUAUUGAUAAACAUGGUGUUUUAGUAAGCUUUUCUGUGUAUAAAUUAAUGAAACCUGUUAAAGAAACGGGCUCUUCUCAAAAAUAAAUAGCAUGACAGGAGUUGUUUUUUUGGAAUAGCGUAAGCUGAGUGGAAUAUGGCUUUUAAAUAUAAGUUAGACGAAACAGACUAAAUGGGAAUGAAAGUCGUGGUUGAAGUAAUUUUUUAAUCAGACAUACUUUGAUGUGUGUGCGUACUUUAAAGUUUGCAUAACAAUGGAAGAAAAUAAUUCUCAAACAUCAGCUGCUAAUCAGUCUCACCAGAAAGCUAGAAUAAAUGUAGCUUGUGUAAUUGACUUGACAAUCCCUGAAAAAUGUCAUCAACGACAGAGAGCUUUCGACGAAGUAAAAAAAGCUUGUCAUGCUGUGGGUGGUAAAUGUCAUCACAUAGAGUUUCAGAAACUAGAUUUUGGAGAGAUGAAUGUGAUCGAUAUGUUUUACAAUGCAGAUGUUGCUAUUGUGGAUCUUUCAAUCAUGGACCAGCAUAGUCCAUUGUUUUAUCAUUUGGGUGUACGAGAGAGCUUUGAAAUGAAACAAAACAUUUUAAUGUUUAAUGACUGUGAUCCUGCAUCAAAUGUUCCAUUAAAGUUAUCAUGCACCACUUCCAAUUAUACUCUUCUUUUAUACAAACUAAACGAUUCUAGUCAGUGUGUUGCAAUAGAUUCAGCAGGUCUAAGGCAUGUUACUGAUGACUCCAUUGAGUCUAAAAUACUACUAAACUGUCGGUUGAAGAGAAGUUUGCAGGAAGUUGAAGUGCAAUCCAAAGCUCAUAUGAAAGAAAAAUUCUUAUCAGAUUUGCGCAAAGCAAGGGAAACUCAUACAGGAGAAGAGCUUUCCAAGGUUCUUAGGAACAUGCGUAAGCGUCUUGAUGAUCCCAAUAUAAUAUCUGGAGAUGUUGUUCUUAAUAUGUUGAUAUCUUUCCGGGAAGUUCAAGAUUAUGAUGCCAUGGUAAAACUAGUGGAUGACUUAAUGACAAUUCCAAACUUAAAGUUUACAUUUACUCCUGCCAUACAACACUUACAUGCAUUCGCUCUGAAUAGGAGGAACAAAGAAGGUGAUAGAGAAAAAGCCUUGGAUGUUAUCAAAAAAUCUUUAGAGAAAAAAGAAAAUGAAGUUCCAGAUAUGCUUUGUCUUUGUGGUAGAAUUUACAAAGAUAAGUUUGUAGAAUCUAAUUACACUGACAUGGAAAGUUUAAAUAAAGCUAUAAAAUGGUAUCGAAAGGGCUUUGACGUUCAACCAAAUGAAUAUGCUGGUAUAAAUCUUGCCACUCUAUUAGUUAUAGCUGGAAACGAUUUUUCAAAAUCUACUGAGUUGCAAGAUAUAGGCCGUGUGUUAAAUAAUCUAAUUGGACGAAAAGGCAGUUUAAAUUCCCUGAAAGAUUAUUGGGGUGUGGCUACCUUUUUUGAAAUUAGUGUGCUGGCUGAGGACUAUUCUAAAGCUACUCAAGCAGCAAUGUGCAUGUUUGACUUGAAACCACCAAACUGGUAUUUGAAGUCUACAAUUGGAAACAUUGAAUUAAUAAAUAGAUUUCGUAGAAAACCUGAAAAUAUUGAAUUAUCUGCAGAGGAGAAGGUAUUUUUACGCUAUAUCAUUAAUUCUGUCUUUAACUUUUGGUUGGAAUAUUUUAUUGCAGCUUAUUCUGAAGAAAUUGAAGAUUGUAUUAGAUUUCCCAUUUUAAUUCUUGAUCCUGGAAAAGUAUACAUGCCUAGCUAUGUAACAGUUAAUUUGGGUGCUGAAGAAAAAUCUGUCCAUAUAAACAAUCUGUGCCUAGAUGCUCUCAAAGGAAAAUGUACAAAACUUCACGAAUUCUUAUUUACAAAGUCUUCUUUCAAAAGUGUGAGUAACUAUGCAAGAGAUGAGAGAUGUUUGUUCCUCUAUGUUCAUCAAAACUCUGAUGAUUUUCAAAUGUUCUUUCCUUCAGAAGAAUUAAAACAAAGGUUUUAUGAUUUAGUCAGAGAAAUGUCAGAAGAUAAUAUUAUAACAGACCUAAAUACUGACAUAAAUACCAUUUUACAGUAUGAAUAUGAAUUAGAUGAUUUGAAAAGAAGAAUUAUCCUAGGAAAAGGUACUUAUGGUGUUGUCUAUGCUGCCAGAGAUCUCACUACUCAAGUUCAGAUAGCAAUUAAAGAAAUUCCAGAAAGAGACAUAGGUGUUGUACAGCCUCUACACGAAGAAAUAAAACUGCACUCAGAAUUAAGACAUAGAAAUAUUGUGCAAUAUUUAGGUUCAGUGAGUGAAGAUGGGUUUUUUAAAAUAUUUAUGGAGCGUGUACCCGGUGGUAGUUUAUCUCAACUGUUACAGAAUAUUUGGGGACCUUUGAAAGGAAAUGAAGUAACAAUAUCGUAUUACACAAAGCAAAUUUUGGAAGGUCUCAAAUAUCUGCAUGAUCAAAAAAUAGUUCAUAGAGAUAUCAAAGGAGAUAAUGUUUUAGUCAAUACAUACAAUGGUGUAGUGAAAAUAUCUGAUUUUGGCACCUCAAAACGGUUGGCUGGAAUUAAUCCUGCAACACAGACUUUUGCUGGCACAUUGCAAUAUAUGGCACCAGAAGUUAUUGAUAAAGGACAACGUGGUUAUGGUGCUCCUGCAGAUAUUUGGUCACUUGGUUGUACUGUAAUUGAAAUGGCUACAGGAAAACCACCAUUUGGGGAACUGGGUUCCCCACAGGCUGCUAUGUUCAAAGUAGGAUUUUAUAAGAUGCAUCCUGAAGUUCCUCCAGGAAUGUCUGAACGUGCUAAAAACUUCAUAUUAAGAUGUUUCAUCCCUGAUCCAGAUUCAAGAGCAACUGCAUCCGAUCUAAUCGAAGACACAUUUAUUUCAGACAGCAGGAAGAAAAAAACGCACAAUCGACCUCCUCCUCCAGAGUUAAACAGAAGUAUUUCAGCUAAAUAUAAUUCAGUUCCAGAAAGGCCCAAAGUGGAAGCUAAACCUGAUAGAGUGGAAAGAUUUGCAAGUACGGGUGAGGAAGGUUUAGCUGUUGUACGUAAGAGCCCUUGCAACUCCCUUAGAAUACCCCCUCAGAAUUUUUCUUUUAGUUCUUCAGAUUCUUCUACCGAUACAAGGCGUUCUAGUACCGGGCUUCUUAGUCCUCCCAUUGAUAGCCCCCAGAUAGAGACUGAACAGGGAAAUUUCUAUUUGCUAAAAAAAGACUCUCAAAGAAGAGCUUUUAUACACAAAGUUCUUUUAGAAAAUGCUGAUGUGAUAUGUGAUAUUUGGAUGAAAGAAUUGAAUGCAAAAACUCCUGAAUCAGCUUUAACUAUGGAACAUUUAAAUAUUUUAUUAGAUGGAUUGAGAGAAUAUAUUCCAGAGCAAAUUAAAAUGCCUAUUCAGCAAGCAAUAAGUAGAGUCAAAGAAGAUGUAGAUUUUGAUGGCAUAGCGGUCAACCAAAUGCAUUUAGCCCUAUAUGUUUUUCAAGAUGCUGUAAAAGGAGUAUUGAGACAACAGAAUAUAAUGCCGCAUUGGGUUUUUGCUCUAGAUAAUUUAGUUAGGAAUUCUGUACAAGCAGCUAUUAGUAUAUUGUCUCCAGAGUUAGGAGAUAAUUUAGAAGGCAAAAAUGAAGAAAUGGAAAUUGAAGAUACAACUAUGGCGCUUUCAACAAUUAACUCUGUGAAAUCUCUUUCUCCUCACGUUUUUCAUGCCUAUAAUGAAAUGGCACUGAUGCGAAAGAAAAAUGAAGAACUUGUGAGAGAAAACAUGAGAUUAAUGAACGAAUUAGUACUGGCAAAUCAAGCACAUCAAGACCUGAUCAAACAAUCUUUACUUGAAAAGGAAUUGUGGGCGGCUAUAUACCAAUCUCCUGCACUUGUCCGUGCUAGAGAAGAAUUAGCUUUACUAAAAGAAAAAAUUCUAAACUUGGGUAAUGAGUGAAAGAAUUAAACUACAAGAAAUCAAGUGCCUUAAUUCAAGUCUGCCCUCAUGAAUAU